AUGGCUUACAAGCGAACUUCCGUGCUCGUCGGCCUUCCCGACCAGGACCGAGGCUGGGAAGAAGUGCAGGCAAAGACAUUCACAAAAUGGCUCAACACCAAGCUAGAGUCGAGACAGAUCGCUCCGAUGCGAUCACUAGCGACUGAUCUCUCCGACGGCGUCAAGCUGGUGCAGCUCAUGGAGAUCAUGGGCGACACCACCCUCGGCCGCUUCUACAUGAAUCCGCGCAUGCGCGUCCAGAAGGCAGAGAAUGUCAACCUCGCGCUCGAAUUCAUCAAGAGCAGAGGCGUCGUGCUCACCAACGUCGGUGCCGAGGAUAUUGUCGAUGGCAACCUCAAGCUCAUCCUCGGCAUGAUCUGGACUCUCAUUCUCCGCUUCACCAUCGCGGAUAUCAGCGAGGAGGGCGUCACUGCCAAAGAGGGUCUAUUGCUGUGGUGCCAGCGCAAGACAGCUCCAUACCAGGAAGUAGAGGUGACCAACUUCACAACAUCCUUCAAGGACGGCCUUGCAUUGUGCGCCCUGAUCCAUCGCCAUCGCCCCGACCUUCUCAACUACGACGCAUUGCCAAAGUCGGAUCCACACGCUUGCACCCGAACCGCCUUCCAAGUGGCCGAGCAGCAUCUGGGCAUCCCGCAGCUGCUCGAUGUCGAAGACUUGUGCGACCGUGCCAAGCCAGACGAACGCAGUGUGAUGACCUACGUCGCCCAAUACUUCCACGCUUUCAGCUCCAUGGAGCAGGCCGAGGUGGUCAGCCGCAGGGUCGCCACCUUUGCCGACGUCAUGCAGGGCGCCUGGCUCAUGCAGCAAGACUAUGAAAGGAGGGCACGCGAGCUUGUCGAGACUAUGAGCAACCUUCAAGCGGGAUGGGUCGCGGCCAAGUUCGCAGGCACCUAUGCAGACGCUCGAGCGCAGCUGACCGAGUUCAACGAAUACAAGAUCGGAGUCAAGCGCGAGCUCGUGCGAGAGCGUACGGAUCUGGCGGCGCUGCUUGGCAACAUUCAGACUAAGCUAAAGACGUACCACCUUCCCGAGUGGAUGCCGCAUCCAGGACUGAGGCAGUCCGACCUGGACGCGGCGUGGGCCACGCUGGCCGAAGCCGAGGCGCGUCGCAGCCGGUCCAUCAACGCCGAGAUCCGCAACGCCAAGGAAAACCUGCGCAUCAAGUUUGCCGAUGCUGCCAAUGCAUUCGAGCGACAACUGCGCGAGGUGGCGGGCGGCAUCGCAACGCUCGAGGGCGACCUCGAGGGGCAAGAAGGCGUGGUGAAGAGUCUGCUCGCCCAGCUCGACCCCAUCAAAGACCGACUCGAGCUCAUUUCGGCGCUCGAGCAGGCAUGUACCGACGCCAAGGUGGAAGAGAACGACCACACCAUCUUUACACUUAGCGAUCUCGCGUUCGAGUGGGAGCUGGUGCGAGCGAGCGUCUCCAAGAAGCUGGCCUUUAUCCAGAACCAGAUCGUCUCGCGUCAGCACACCAACCUUACGCCGGCACAACUCGAAGAGUUCGAGUCCACCUUCCGCUACUUUGACAAGGACGCCUCCAAUACGCUCACCGUGCCGGAGCUGGGGGCAGCGCUCGCCAGUCUGGGCAUCAUCUACACCGAGGACGACAUCGAGCAGAUCCACCUGCAGCUCAGCGAGACGUUUGGCGCCGUCUCGUACGACGCAUUCCUCACCUUUUUGCGCGAGAUCACCGAGGACACGACGUCGCCCGAUCAGCUGCUCGAGGCGUUCCAGGGCUUGGCGGGCGACAAGCCGUAUGUGACCGAACUCGACCUGCGACUCGCACUGCUGCCCCAGGGCUCGAUCGACUAUCUCAAAGCCGCCAUGCCCCAGGUGCAAGUCGAGGGGGUCGAGGAUGCUGUGUAUGACUACGAGGGCUACCUCACUGGCCUCUUUGGCGUUGCCCAGGCCGAGGCCUAG